UAAUGCCUGUCAUAUGACUGUGACACCCAUGGAGACAGUUACAAGGAACAAGAUUUGCUCUUGGAUUUGAAAAGAAAAGAGACCUUCUGUACCGACUUUGUUUUGGUACAAAAUGCCUCCGACUCUCUUCCAGAAACUUUUCAACAAGAGAAAUGCAUUUUCGUCGCCGCCCCCGAGAUGUAGCAAAGAGGACCCAGCUUUCAGCUGGCCAAUCCCCCAGCUGGAGCCCAGUCAGAUCAGGCUGAUAGUCUACCAGGACUGUGAGAGGCGCGGCAGAAAUGUCCUCUUCGACUCCAAUGCCAAAAAGAGGGGCACGGAGGAAACCCCUAUCACUAGCGCAGAGGGACAGGUGAAGAUGUUCGGGAAAUGCUGCCAGCUCCGUCCUACAGGAGGAAGUAGCAGUUCCCUGGACAGCUCCUCCUCUUGUACCUCCGAAACCAAGGAAACCAAGGAGCAGGGCCUGCGCUUUCAGGGUUCAAAGUGUUCGUCGGAUGUGGUCAUGCUGGGGGAAAUGAUGUUCGGUUCUGUGGCUAUGAGCUACAAGGGUUCCACACUAAAAAUCCACCAGAUCAGAUCGCCACCUCAGCUGAUGCUGAGUAAGGUCUUCACCGCCAGGACGGGAGGCAGCGUGUAUGGCAGCCUCAACACGUUACAGGACAGCUUGGAGUUUAUUGGACAGGACAGCAACACCCUAAGGCCUGAUCAAAACAGCGGGGCCAACAGUUUACUUGGGAACAUAGGAUUUUCUCAGCUCUGCAGCCCUCGACGGGCCUUCUCUGAACAAGGCCCUCUGCGCCUCAUCAAGAGCGCAUCUUUCUUUUCAGGCCACAGUCACCCCAUGGACAUGCCUGGCCGAGGGCUCUACGACGAGAGGGACAGCGGCAUCGCCAGGUCAGCUUCUCUGAGCAGCUUGUUGAUCACUCCCUUCCCGUCUCCUGGCUCUUCCCUGACCAGCAGCUGUGCAUCAAGCUACCAGCGCCGAUGGCUCCGUAGCCAAACCACCAGCCUGGAAAAUGGCGUCUUCCCCCGAUGGUCAGUCGAGGAGAGCUUCAACAUGUCUGACGAAAGUGGUGGACCAAGCCUCGGUGUGGCUCGGAAGAAGAAGAUUGCCAUUGGGGUCAUCUUCAUGCUGUCCCCCAACCCCGAGGAGAACAACCGCUUCCAGGAAUUUUUUUUCUCCCACUUCCCUCUCUUUGAAAGCCACAUGAACAAACUAAAGAGCUCCAUCGAACAGGCCAUGAAGAUGAGUCGGCGGUCAGCUGAUGCCAGCCAGAGGGCCUUGGCUUACAGCCGAAUGGUGGACGGUCUUAACGAGUUCAGGAUGACCAUCUGCGACCUCUACACCAUGCCCCGCGUGGCUGAGCCCGUCUGGUUGACUAUGAUGUCCGGAGCGUCGGAGAAGAACCAGCUCUGCGGUCACUUCAUGAGGGAGCUCUCCCUGCUGAUGGAGCAGGCCUCCAAGAACCAAUUCCUCCCUGCAUUACUGACAGCCAUCCUGACCAAUCAUCUAGCCUGGGUACCCACCGUCAUGCCUAAUGGGCAGCCUCCAAUCAAGAUCUUCCUCGAGAAACACUCCUCCAAGAGCGUCGACAUGCUGGCAAAGACGCACCCCUACAACCCGCUCUGGGCACAGCUAGGCGACCUUUACGGGUCAAUUGGGUCACCGGUGCGGCUGUCAAGGACAGUGGUGGUGGGCCGCAGACAGGAGCUGGUCCAGAGACUCCUCUAUGUCCUCACCUACUUCAUCCGCUGCUCCGAGCUGCUGGAGACCCACAUGCUGGACAGCGCUGAGGAUGAGGCCAUUGUGAUGCCUGGCUCCCUCAUCACCACCUCAUUAAGGAAAGGAGAGGUGGAGGAGUCUGACUAUGUUCUGGUUACCGUCCAUAAACCCAGUGGGGACUACUUGUCCCAAGGGGCCCACGGCCAGCAGACUGAGGCAGAGGACAGCAGCUACAGGUCAGACAACAGCCUCCAGAGCAGCACAUACACAGACACAGAGGUGGAGCACGGCGCUGGACCCACACCCAAGGAGGAAGAUGAGGAGGACGAGGAGGACGAGGAGGACAGCAGUGAGAGUCAAGGGUCCAGGAGCAGUGUGCUUCAGACGGGACACAGUCAGGGUAACAACCCUGUUAUCAGGACUGCAGAAACAGUUGAACCCAGGGAGCUGCGCAGGGAGUCUAGCAGCCCACUGGCUACAGAGGCCCGACUGGAGACGGUGCUGCGUGUCAGCUCUGCCUCCCCCAGGGAGCAGGUCUGUGUGCUGGAUACAGAGACCAAGGGUGACCUGAAACGUAUUGUCCCAUUCACACCCACAACGCUCGCAUCAAGUCCAUCCCCAACUCCUGUCACCACAGAGGGUAAGAACUCUGGGGCAGAGGCUGGGAUGGAUGAAGGUACGGGGAACCAGCCCACCAGAGUGCUGGCUCCUCGACCUUUGGGGACCCCUCUAGAGAAGAAGCCCCCAGAUAAGAACAUAGCUGCUGCAGUGCCAGUACCGAUGGUACCGGGAAACAUAGUGACUGGGCCCAUGGCUCUGACUCUAACAGAAGAGGAGGAGCCGGCAACAAAAGUCACUUUCCUCAUUGGAGACUCCAUGUCUCCAGAAUCGGACACAGAGAGUCGCAGAAGGAAGGUAGAGGAGGAUUUCAAAAAGCACAAGAAGGACAAACAUCCGCUUCACCAACAGCUGCUGCAACGGCUGCAUAGUGGAGCAGAUUCAAAGACCAGCAACACCAGCGCAUCAGAGGACCAAACCAAGCAGACCAAGGCGGCUCCAUCCCUGCAGAGGGUUUCCAGUAAUAUUCCCCAGUGGAGCCCAAACUGUGUGGACUAUUUUGAUGAGUAUUUCAGCCUGGAGAACCCUGUGGAGACUAGGACUAUAGACGAUGUGGCCAAACGAAAGAAGGGCAGUAUGCACAAAGACUUGCUGGAUCCUUCGGGGGUCCCUCGGCCUGGUGGCGUUGGGGGUCUCAGUUUUCAGGGUGAAGUCAGGGGUCAGAGUUUGGGUGUCUGUUUAGGUUCAGAUAGUGGAGAGGUAGGGUCCAGCAGAAAGGGAGACACUUUGUUGGAAGUCCAGAAGAGGUGCAGGUGUGGGUCUUCAGAUUCCUCCGACACCUGCUGCUGCAGGAGCUGUUCUGCUGAGCAGGACAAGGGUCUUCUGUUGUCAGUCCCCGUCCCCCAGGAUGGAAGCAGCAAUAGCAAAGAGGACCAAAAGCGUAAAGCGGUGCCCGUCAAUGACUGGGAGAUACCACGCAACGAGAGCUCAGACAGCGCGCUAGGGGACAGUGAGAGUGAGGAGACAGAGGACUGGCAGGAGGAAGUGCUGUUGCCCUUCCCUGGGUCAAAGUUGGUGGAGAACUACUCAAAGCCAAGCAUCGCCAAUUUUGGCCGGUCUCUGUUUGGAGGCUACUGCCCCACCUACGUGCCAGACUUUGUACUGCAUGGGUUGCCCAGCGAAGAGAAGCUACGGCAGAGCCUCAUGGCUGAAUUAACCCAUGCUGUUCAGCAUCCAGUAUUGGAUGAGCCCAUAGCGGAGGCCGUCUGCAUUAUAGCAGACACAGACAAGUGGACGGUGCAGGUGGCCAGCAGCCAGAGACGAGCCACAGAUGUUAACAAGCUGGGGAAGGAAGUCCUGGUGUCCAGCCUGGUUUCCAGCUUAUUGCAGUCGACUCACCAGCUCUACAAACUCAACGUCUCACCCAACUUUUGCAUAAUGCACCUUGAAGACCGCCUGCAGGAAAUCUACUUUAAGAGCAAGAUGCUUGCUGAGUAUUUGAAGGGCCAGACAAGGGUUCAUGUGAAAGAACUGGGCAUGGUCUUAGGAAUUGAGUCCAGCGACCUUCCUCUGUUGGCCGCAGUGGCCAGCACUCACUCCCCCUAUGUGGCCCAGAUCCUGCUAUGAGACUGUAAUGGCACUGAGGUUCCUGGCAAGUGGUCUGUCUGAGGAAACCUGUCAGACCUGGGUGGUGCCACUCUGGCCCCAAAAAACGGCCGUCCAUGCCCCGCAGCUGACCUCCCCAACAUGGUUUCCCGACCCACGUGCCUGGGCUUGGUGGGAUCUUCGCUCUGAGCCUGAGCAGUGCACGUCUUCACGGACCACAUCCAGCGCCUGUCCUCAUUUACCACUGCUGCUGAAUUUGUUGCAAUGCUGAUGUUGCACCACAGGGGGGAACUAGAGACCACAGUCCCACAGAUGGAGUGAGGCUGUGCGGAUGACCUGAAGCAUCCCUGAAAUGACCUUCUCCUGUUGUUUGAAUGUUUCUUUUAAAACAGGACUCUUUUUAUUUUUGGACACAAAAGCCAAAGACAUUUUUCCAGUCAAGAAUGAAACUUUUGAAGAUAUUUACAGUAUAACAACAAUGGAUUUUGUUUCUUCUACAGCUUUUUUUCCUGUACAAUCUUCAACCCGGUCGUACAAAGUGACGGACUACAAGUUCAAACAAAACAGAUGGACAUUUUUAAACAUUACUUCAAGGUAAAUAUCAUUGAGACGAUUAUCAAUCUCAUGACUAUUAUGCGUUUAUCUUUAUGUAUUUGUUUACAAGCCAAAUUCCCCUGAAAUAUCUCAAUGACAACUUUAAUUUUUUUUCGUCAAAUUGCAAUGCACACCGGACUCAAAAGCCUCUUUUCUGGCCACACGGGGGUAAUCGACACUCUUUGUGGUUUUUGGUUCUACAGACAGGUUUUGAAAUGGCUAAAAGUGGCUUUGACAUUCUUAUCAUAGGUACAGCACUACCUCAGAUCUUCAUAUGGGCAGUAUGUGACAUACACAUUUACAGUUGGCCCCAUAGAAAACCCUGAGGUAUACUUUGUAAGCUAUCUUAAUCAGAGGAAUGUCAGUGUCAACUGUGUGCAGACUCUAUGCUGUGUUCUUUGAAAAAGGGAAGGCUGUUAAAUUCCUUAGGAUGAUCGUUACACGGAAGAAAAAAAACUAGUUUUACUUCAGAAUGUGAUUGAGAGAGGAGAAAGUGUCCCUUUCUACCGCGGGAAGGCUUAAACGUACAUCAUCUACAUAUAUUUUAAAACCAAAAUGCUGAAAUAUUUUCACACUUUUAUAGCUUCCCCCACCUUUAUACGAUGUUUACGGUUUCGAUGUUUGCUGCAGAGAGAGGAGUAGAGUAACACAGUAGGCCUUAUAGUGGAUUCAAAUAUGUAUCAGCUAACACUAUUUUCAACAUGUUUAUACGACACUUAUAACACACAGAAUACAAAACUAUAGUAGCACAGUUUUUUCUUUUGUUUUCUUUUUGAUUUCCUUUAACAAUGACAGAUAAUACGAUAUAACCAGGGUGCGAUUUGCUGAGCGUAAAAAGGGAGAUUGAGUUGCUUUCACAGGUUCUGUUUGUGGAUUCUCUCCUGGGCAUAAAGUGUAACCUGCAGUGGGGCCAAUGGGACAGUAUUUCUUUGUUCUCAUUUUUACUUUUUGUUAUCAGUUGACAGCCUUGGAAAUUAAUCAGUAUUUUCUUUGUUUUGGUCGCAGAUAAAAUGGGGUGAGUAAGAAAUUCCCAGAUGAGUGACUGCAUUAUUUAUAAUAAGUCAAAAGCAAGAGAGUUUCAGAUGUACAUGUGCAGUAUUCUACAAUUGCACUAUACUUUUAGACUAGCACAUUUACCUUGAUGGCAAGGGAAUUGCAGGUAGCGGGGACAAAGUUUAAUUUAGCCGGCAGCCAGCUAAAAACUCCCAUGAGUUGUUUCUGGAAAGUAAUCUUUCCAAAUUUCUUAAAGUUUGGAAUGUGUCUCAGGCUUCUCAAACAGCGUUUGUAACAGAGCUUGCUGAUGGGCUUUACAUCACAGUAUGUUGAACUGUACGCGGAGAACAUUAUUAUUAUUAUUAUUAUUAUUAUUAUUAUUAUUAUUCUUGCUAGAAAAAGAAGGAACCCUGAGAAGAGUGUAUUUUUCUAUCGACUCAAAUCGCACCCUGUAUAUGACCCAAGUCUUAAUGGAGAGCGUGAAUGCAUCACAGGCUUCUGGAGAGCUCGUUUUGCUGGUAAAAUUGAUAUAUACAUGCUUGUUACUGUAUUGAAGAUGCUCCGCUGUAUCAGCUUACAUUUUGUACAACCCAGCCAUUAUGUUUAAAAGGUAUGAAUUUAUAUCUGCUUUUCCCUCUUUGUAUAUAAAUAAAUUAUUUAGUUGCCCAUGGUAUGUGUAACGGUUCAUGUAAACUGUACAUACUCAGUUUAUUUCCAUGUAUUUGUACAGAAUUGUCUCCUCAAAUUAUUUUUUCCCAAUUUUAUGGGAAUGUUGUGCAAUAAAAAUGCAGAUGUUAAGAACUGA